UGACGCCCUGUCCCCGUCGCCGCCGUGCCGCCCCCGCCGCCGGUGCCGGUGCCCGGGCCGCUCAUGGCGGAGCAGAGGGAGCAGGCCAGCCUGAGUCUGUCCGAGGUCUCGGGCACCCUCAACACUCGGGGCUACAGCCUCAUACGGAAGCUGGGCGAGGGCACUUACGCUAAGGUGUACAUGGCCUCGUAUAUUCCACCCAACGACCAGAGGAGGAAGGUGUACCUGGCGUGCAAGGUGGUGGACACGUCCAGGGCGCCGAGGGACUUCGUCCGGAGGUUCCUCCCGCGCGAGCUGGACAUACUCAAGAGGCUCAACCACCCCCACAUCGUGCACGUGCACUCCAUCUUCCAGCGGAGGACUAAGUACUUCAUCUUCAUGCGGCUGGCGGAGAAGGGCGACCUGCUGGACUGGGUGCUGAAGCACGGCGCCGUCACCGAGGGCCAGAGCCGCGUGUGGCUGCGGCAGCUGACGCUCGCGCUCCAGUACCUCCAGGCGCUCGAGAUCGCGCACCGGGACCUGAAGUGCGAGAACGUCCUCAUCACGACCAACUACAACGUGAAGCUCGCGGACUUCGGCUUCGCGCGGUACUGUGUGGACGCCCGCGGCCGUCGCGUCCUCAGCGGCACCAACUGCGGCUCGCUCUCAUACGCCGCACCCGAGAUACUCCGCGCCGAGCAGUACGACCCCAAGAUCUCGGACGUGUGGUCGCUCGGCGUCGUCCUUUACAUCAUGCUCAACAAGGCCAUGCCGUUCGACGACAGCAACAUCAACCGGCUGCACGACGAGCAGAUCCAGAGGAGGUGGCGCUUCUGCGCGAGCGUCGUGGACAUACUCAGCGAUCAGGUCAAGAACUUGAUCUACAACAUGCUGGAGCCCGACACACAGCGCCGCUACCAGGUGGACGCGAUCUUGGCGUCGGAUUGGAUCGCCAUGGACCCCCGGCUGGCCACCUGCACGGCCGCGGAGACCAACGCACUGAACGCGGCCCUGAGCGAGCGGGAGCAGAGGAUGAGGAGGGACGUGGCAGAGUCCACCGGACCCGCUCUUGUCCCCACGGCUCCGGCGACGGGCCCUUCCGAGCAGGGCGGGGUCCGGGAGGACCUUGAAAGUGUACGAUUUCGAGAGGAUUCAUCAGACAUAGAAGAUUUACGUGAGGGUGGUGUAGAACACCAUGCUUUACCACGAACCCCAGAAGAAUUGGACAUCAUUGCAGAGAGAAAGGCAGCUGAAAACCCACAUGCCCAGCCCUCCCAUGGAGCAAUAAGUAUAAUGGACAGUGAACCCUUGCCAGUCACAAAUCCCCCUGAGUUCCUUCCACCUGACCUAUCAGAAAAAUUAACAAGCAAAGCUCCGAGUCAGACGUCUAAGAAGAAGUCAGAAGAAACUAUAAGUCCUGAAGACCAGGAGGAGGAAGAGGAUACUCAGAAAAAAUCUAGUUUACAAACACUGCAUAAAACAUAAAAUAUGAUUUAGUGACGAUGUGUACCUGUGU